UGACUCAGAUGAUGAUGGCUAUCGUGAGAGGUGGCUAGCUGACCUGAGCUGCAUAGAUCCUCGGAGUGCUGGGGAAAAAAAAAAGUAAAUAAAGUCUGCUGUCUUGAGGAACCUUCACCUGGACAAAGACCUAAUGAACAAGCAUUUAUAAUUAAUAGGAAAAGGCUGAUAUUUACUAUGGAUGGGUCCAGAUUUGCAGGGGACAUGCUGAGUGGUGGCCGGGCCCUGCUUGGUGAGGAUAGCUCUGUGAUGGCCCGUAUGCAGAAGAAAUUUUGGAAGACCAAGCAGGUCCUUAUCAAAGCCACGGGCAAGAAGGAGGAUGAGUAUGUGGUGGCCUCGGAUGCUGAUCUGGAUGCUAAGCUUGAGUUCUUCCGUUCCGUCCAAUCCACGUGCACAGAAUUGCUGAAGGUGAUCGAGAAGUACCAGCACAGGAUCACACGCUUGUCUCAGGAGGAGAACGAGUUUGGCUUAUUCCUGCGAUUCCAAGCUGAGCACGAUCGCACAAAGGCUGGCAACAUGAUGGAUGCCACCAGCAAGGCCCUGUGCACCUCUGCCAAACAGAGGAUGGCACUUUGUCCAUCGCUGCACCGUUUGCACCAGGAAGUGGAGACUUUCUGGAGGCGUGCCAUCGCUGACACGCUGCUGACAGUAAGCCGUAUGGAGAAGGCCCGCACAGAGUACAGAGGAGCUCUGCUCUGGAUGAAAGACGUCUCCCAAGAACUGGACCCAGACACCUACAAACAGCUGGAAAAGUUUCGCAAGGUCCAAGCCCAGGUCAGAGGGACGAAGAGCCAGUUUGAGAAACUGAAGAAUGAUGUGUGUCAGAAGGUGGACAUGUUGGGAGCAAGCCGCUGCAACAUGCUGUCCCACUCCCUCUGUACCUACCAGACCACGCUGCUGCAUUUCUGGGAAAAAACUGCCCAGGCCAUGUCAGAAAUCCACAGGGCCUUCCAGGGACAUGUACCAUACCAAUUUACCACACUCAAGGAUCUGCGGGACCCCCUGGAGCAAAUAACAGACUCUCAAAAACAAGAGGCGGAGGAGAAGGCUCUGCAGAGCAACACAGACUGUCUGCUCUCCUUGGAUGAUGAUAAACUAUCAGGAAGUGCCUCUGAUGCAGACCCCCCCCAACUGGGCAGUGAUGAGCAGAGCCAGAGCAAUGACAGUGUGUACCAAAAUGCUAGCACACCAGCACCAGCCCUGCAAAACCUCAGAAGACUGUCAGGAGGCUCUGAUGAUGACCUGAUGUUCAUGGCCUGUGAUGUACCACAGUCCCCACUCCCAGCAAAUGCCCUGCCUCAGGGUUUUGGAAGCCUGGAGUCCGGGCUCUCACAGCUGUCUGCCACCGGUGGGAGUCUGCACUCACGUGGUCAGCCACACCUUGCUGGGAUGAGCCUGAGGCAGGAGGAGGAAGAUGGUGAGCCAGGAGACAUGGCUUUCCUCAAAGACCUCCUCAGCCCUGGUCCGGGAGCUAGUGAUGAGUUCAGCAGAGAAUGGCAGGAUGCUUUUGGGAUGUUUAACUCUCCCAGUUUGCCCACAACCAGCCAAGGAGCAGCAAGUGGUGGAGCAGCAGCAGCAGCAGCACGGCCACCCUCUAACCCUCCCAGUCCCACAGGGUUCCUGCCAUCCCAGCUGCUGGAUCACAGCCUGAGCUCCACAGGCUGGGCAACCCCUCCUAUGUUCCAAGCUCCACCCCUGCAGACUGCUCCAAGUUCAAACCAAUCAGCUCAGUCAGCCCCAAGAGCUGCAGCUAAUGCUGCCCCCGGGGGAUCCAAAGACAUGUCUGCCUGGUUCAACCUGUUUGCAGACCUCGACCCUCUUUCCAACCCUGAUGCCAUUGGGCGCUCGGCGGACGAGCUGCUCAACGCUUGAGCGCGCAUACACGUGGGUGUGUUUGUGUCUUUUCUCCAUAAGGAUUUUCUGCAACUUUUCAUGUCAUCAACCAAGUAAACAAACACGAACAGUGGAAAAUACACAUGCACCUACUUUUCUGUUUCCAGGAGAUGUGUACAAAUACAGUCGAAUAUUAGUGUUACACUAGGGGACGGUGUCUUAAAGGAAACAGAAAACAUUGUCAGUGCUUUGCAGAGCUUUAUAAGACUGUUAACACAACCUGUGAAGCCACUGAGUCAUACACAGCAAACCUCAUGUUUGUUUUACUUAUUCAUUAUUGUUGUUUCUGUCAGACAAAGAGAGUGUUUGGGCUCCAUGUUUAUUUUUGAGUGUGUGUGUGUGUGUGUUUGCUGUGUGUACACAAAACAAGGGACCCACAAUGUUUCAAUAUAGGAUAUAUUAUCAUUUUUACACUAUUUCAUAUAGUGUAUAUUCGAGCUGCACCAGGAGUCUGUAUCAUAAAGUAAGAAUUUUGUGUUACCCAAAAUGUAUUUCUUGGUUUUGUCUAACUACACAGCCAGUGUCAUAGAAAUGAAUAAUAACACAGCUAAUGUCACAGAGCUAAAAUUAUAGAGACUGAUGAUUACACAGCUAUAUCAGAGCACUACAGCAGACAGAGCAGCUGAUACUAAAUCGUCUCCUUAUUCCAGGUGGAUCUGCAUAUUUAAUUUGGCACGGUUUUUAUGUCCCUGGUAUUUGUGUCUCCUUCCCGUCUCGAAUCAGGGAUCUGUCAUAUGUUGGGUGAAUGUGUUAACCGCAACACUACAACGCUGCCACACUUACAGCUAAUGUUAGUUAUUAAGUUGGCAGUCAUCUGUAAAUGAAAAGCAACUAUUCUGAAGUGCAUUUUGUUUAUUUGUUUUAAUCCACAUAUUCAAAUAAGUCUGAACUAAACCAGUUCAUGAGAGAGAAAAACAAACUGCUAAAGCCAGCUAGAGUAGUGGGGACAGACUGACCUUGUAAUCCCUACAUGCUGCUAACAUUCCUAAAAUUUAAGUUAAAUUUAUUAACUCAGUAUAUCAUUAAAACAAGUUAGAUAAACCUCAGCAGGCAUUUGUUAUAUUUCUCCAGACCUUUAAUCAGUACCUUUUCUCUCUAAUUAAUCUCUCUAAACCUAACGAGUUAAUGGUAAGUAUUGCCUCAGUGGCUCUUUGAUGCAUUUUAGAGUUCUGCAGUUUGGUUGUGAACGUACUAAUAGCUAAACUGGUAAAGCAGGGACUAGUUCAUGAUUCUGGUGAUGGGUAUGAUACAGACUCCUGGAGAAACUCUGAAUAGUAAAGUCUCUAUUAGUUUGAUUUUUCUUUCUCUCUCUUUUAAAAAGUAGUAAUAUAUUGAUCAAUCCCUGUAAUAAGUUGUCCACUUUUCUAAUUGUCUAAAGCCCACAUUUAACUAUGAACCAUCUAGAGCAGUCCCCCAGAGAGAGCUGACUGUGUUUACUGAGCAUAGAGGGCUCUGUGACACUCCCAAAAAGUUUAUCCGUCCCUUUCUGUCCCUGACUGGGUAAUGAUUGAUGUUUCACAAUCACAAAUCCAAGGCCAAGAAAAAUCUGGAUUUAUUUUAUACUUUUCUCUUAAGGGAAUGUUGGUCGUGGGGAUUUUUCUUCCUUUGUGGGCGUUAUUGAAGUCCUACAAAUCUGCAGACAUGAUUUUGGUGCAUAAAAAUGUACUGAUAUAGUAAUUACAGCACUAUCACUGGUCACAAACAGAUGUUUGUUGUGCAGUAUACUGUAAAGAUAAAAAAGAACACUAUAAAGUAACACUGUAAAUGACUCUUUUUAGCUUUGUGUGGUGUGUAUUUUGAGAAUACACAAACGGAUGGGUUUAUGUGAAAGAAUCAACACUGGAGAACCGUUACAUAUGUAACAAAAUGAUGUGGAUUUAGUUCCCAAUGAUUGUGCUUCUUUUUGAGUGUGAAAAACUACAGAAACAUGUAAAAAAUUUAGGGAAAAAGAAGGUGCCGAGCUGUGUUUCUAAAAUGGAUUUUAUGGAAUCUAUAGAGAUACAUGAAGAGUUGUUAUCAUGUAAAUAUUCUGUCUACAUGCACAAACCAAAUCCUUAGUUACAUUUGUGUGCCUGUACAACAAUACUCAGUUGAGCUAAGUUGAUCAGAGUGCAUUAUGGAAAGUUGAGCAACUCAGAAAAUGACUUAAUACCAGCUGCACAAUAUUAUCUCAGCUUUUUGGGUUGCAAACAAACCUCACUACUACUCAGCAAGUACAGUUAAAUUUCUCUUGUUUUGUUUGUGACUGAAUGAAGCUGGGAGGAAAGAAGGAACUCUGACGCUCCAACCAGAGCUCAGAGGCGACGGGAACUGCUGGUGUAUACUGCUGACUCUUGAUUUUACUAACUUUAAAAGAAUGUAUUUCUCAAGUCAAUCACAGAUGCUUUAUUUAACUAUUCCUUUUUAUUUCACUCAAAAGAAUUUAACAGAUGAAAACUUGGCAGUUCUGUUUCCAAUAAACGGGACAAGCAAACA